AAAAAGUCAUACCUACUCUUUGGAAGCAGAGUUUGUAAUCAUUUUUUACAUAUCCCUCUGAAAGGUAUUUAUGAGCCUCCACUUAUUACACUACUGCAGUGAACCAAUCUUGGAUGUGAAAAUUGCCUUUUGUCAGGUGUGUGUUCCUUACAGGUAAAACAAGGGAUUUGAUAAACAAGUGGAUGUGUCAUAUAUUGCCAAGCAUUACAACAUGAGCAAAAGCAAAGUUGACAACCAAUUCUACAGUGUGGAAGUUGGAGACUCAACCUUCACGGUUCUCAAGCGCUACCAGAAUUUAAAGCCAAUUGGUUCUGGUGCUCAGGGAAUAGUUUGUGCUGCCUAUGAUGCUGUCCUUGACAGAAAUGUGGCCAUUAAAAAGCUCAGCAGACCGUUCCAGAACCAAACCCAUGCCAAGAGAGCUUACCGGGAGCUGGUCCUCAUGAAGUGUGUGAACCAUAAAAACAUUAUUAGUUUAUUAAAUGUCUUCACACCCCAAAAGUCACUGGAGGAGUUUCAAGAUGUAUAUUUAGUAAUGGAACUGAUGGAUGCCAACUUGUGUCAAGUGAUUCAGAUGGAAUUAGACCAUGAGCGAAUGUCUUACCUGCUGUACCAAAUGUUGUGUGGCAUCAAGCACCUUCAUUCUGCUGGGAUUAUUCACAGGGAUUUGAAACCAAGUAAUAUUGUAGUCAAGUCUGAUUGUACAUUGAAAAUUCUCGACUUUGGACUGGCCAGGACAGCAGGCACAAGCUUCAUGAUGACCCCUUAUGUGGUGACACGUUAUUAUAGAGCCCCAGAGGUUAUCCUAGGAAUGGGCUACAAGGAGAAUGUGGAUAUAUGGUCUGUGGGAUGCAUUAUGGGAGAAAUGGUUCGCCACAAAAUCCUCUUUCCGGGAAGGGACUAUAUUGAUCAAUGGAACAAAGUAAUCGAACAAUUAGGAACUCCAUGUCCAGAAUUCAUGAAGAAAUUGCAACCUACAGUAAGAAACUACGUGGAGAAUCGUCCCAAGUAUGCAGGACUUACUUUCCCCAAGCUCUUUCCUGACUCUCUCUUUCCAGCAGACUCUGAGCACAAUAAACUCAAAGCCAGCCAAGCCAGGGAUUUGUUGUCAAAGAUGCUAGUGAUUGAUCCAGCUAAAAGAAUAUCAGUGGAUGAUGCAUUACAACAUCCAUAUAUCAAUGUGUGGUAUGAUCCUGCUGAAGUGGAGGCGCCUCCACCUCAGAUAUAUGACAAACAGUUGGAUGAAAGAGAACACACCAUUGAAGAAUGGAAAGAACUUAUCUACAAAGAAGUAAUGAAUUCUGAAGAAAAGACUAAAAAUGGUGUAGUAAAAGGACAACCUUCUCCUUCAGGUGCAGCAGUGAACAGCAGCGAGAGCCUCCCUCCAUCCUCGUCAGUCAAUGACAUCUCCUCUAUGUCCACCGACCAGACCCUGGCAUCUGACACUGACAGCAGCCUGGAAGCCUCAGCGGGACCCCUGGGUUGUUGCAGGUGACUAGCCGCCUGCCUGCGAAAUCCAGCAUUCUUCAGGAGAUGACAUGGUGGAACACACACACAUAUGUAGACGCACACACACACAAAGCAGACACACAAUGGCAACGACAAGAAAAAUGCAAGGGAGAGAAUUUAAACCCCAAAAGAAAACAAAUCUUUCUGCCUGCUUCUUUUCCAGAGUUCCUUAUCUCUGCUAAGCCAAACGUGUAUUUAACUUCUAGUUGCUCUUGCUUUGAUCUCCUUCCAACAAUGCUUACAACAGAAAGCAAAUGAAACCCAAUUAGAGAAGCCUUUCCCAUAAAGUGUAAUUCCAAUGGCUGCAAAAACCAGUGAUCUGUAACUGCCCAUUCAAAUGGCAUGACAAGGUAUACACCUGCCCUGUCAGCAUGUGUGUGUCUCUAUCUUGCAUCUACCUGCUCCUUUGGCCUAGUCAGAUGGAUGUAGAUACAGAUCCGCAUGUGUCUGUAUUCAUACAGCACUAACUCCUUAGAGAUGCUACUGUCAGUGUCCUCAGGGUUCUACAAGACAUCAUGCACUGGGGAACCCACACGGUCCAUUUCAUGUGAUCAAUUACUCUGCAUCAACCCAUCUGUACUAUAUUGCCAGUAUAUAAGCUGUGUAGUUCAUUAAUUGAUUAAGCUGUAUGUCUUAUAAGAAUACCUGUAAAGGGGGUAUCAUUGGGGGGGAGUGAACUCUCUUGGAUCCUUGAAGAUGUAGCUUUGAAUUUGAAUUUGAAUUGAUUAAAUGGCACCUGAAUACCA